AUGACCAGUGGAUAUUCCCACGAGCCGCAGCAGCUGAACGAGGAAGAAGCUCGGAAGGUCAAAUUCCUUCAAGCCUGUGUGGAUGCCAAGCCACUGAAGAAAGACUGCGUCAGGGCCUACCACACGACCACCUACAAAGCUGCUGCCGCCAUGCUGGCGGAGGGAUGUCGGCCAAGCACUUCCUACAACUGGCUUUCAGGGCGGAGCCUCAACGAUGAGCGCUUCUUUUGUGUGACGCUCCUGAGCCCGAUUGCCUUUGGCUUCCCACAAGGCGAGUGGAAGAGGCGGAUGCUCCUCAACAACUUUGGGAGGGAGGCCGGAGGAGAUGAGGGUUCACCCAAGAGCUGCCGGAGUUGCAAAAGCACACGGAGCAAUAGCAGCGACUGGGUGCGGGAGCAACGCGCUCAAGUUUGCCUGGUGGUGGACGUCCCAGUGCCCUCGCUGCGAGAUGCGCGGACGGCGCCAGAGCAGCGCCACAACGAGAGCAUCAGGUCUGAGAACCGGAAUGUGCACUACAUCCCUGAGAGCUUUCUGCAAAACAUGGGCGUGCAUGCCCUGCCGGCGGACAGCAUUGUCUAUGCCUUCCAGUUGGAGGACAUCCCCACCGAGGCAGUCGAUCUGAGUGAUCUUUCUCCUUCAAAAGCGUUCGACUUCGCGGCGAAGGUGCAACCACGGGUGGACAAGGCGGCAAGGGACCUUGAUCUUUUCGAGCUCGCGUGGCUAUUGGAGCUGGGUGGCAAGAUGAGACACACGGAGCGUGACCACGUCUGCCAGAUCCUGAACGUGUUUGCAAGGCACACCGCGAACCCCGGCGGGUUGAAGUUCGGCAUCUUCGACGGCAAGUCGGCGUGGAAGGCCAGGGAGUCUGGCUUGUCAUUGGCAGACAUGAAGCAGAUCUUCUGGCGUUGGGUCCGCGACGGCAACUUCGACAUGCAGGACCUUCUGCAAGCUGGAUGCCCUCUUACCGAGUUUCGAGAAGCCGGCUGGAAAGCCUGCUCACUGAAACAGCAGGGGCUGUUUGAUGCUGCGGAGCUCCGAGGUGCUGGCUACACUGCUCAAGAGCUGAGGGAAGCGAGCUACAGCAGCGAGGAGCUGCAUGCUGGCGGCUACACUCUGGAAGAGCUUCAAGCGGGCGGCUGCACCCCCAAGGACGUGCGUGGGCUCGGCUACUCCUUGCAGCAGAUGCGCACAGCCGGGUACACGGCCGAGCAGCUGCGUGCUUGCGGGUUCCCAGCAGAUCAGCUGCGGGAGGGAGGCUACAGAGCAGGGGAGCUGCGAGUGGCAGGCUACUCUAUCCUCCAGCUGCGAACCGGCGGCUACACCGUCCAGGAGGUGAACUUGGCCGGCUACACUCGCAUGGGUGGAAUCCAGCAGCUUCGUGCUGCAGGGUACACCGCCGAGGAGUUGCGCAACGGUGGCUACACAGCCCAG